AUGAGAUCAACUGUUUUUCUUGUUGCUAUCCUAUCUCCGUAAAGUUUUGCAACUAUUUACUCUAUUAAAAGUCAAGAUAGAGAAGAAACUGAGUUCUUGCUUGUUUAACAAAACUGUUUAAAAAUUAUAGACCCAGAUAUUGGUGUAAAUGUAGGAAUUCUUAUACUAAACUAAUGCCAACAAAAUAUGACUUUUAUUUUUACAUUGAAUUAUUUACUAUAACCAGUUACAAGUAAUUGUCUUGGCUAUCUUGAGACUUAAAUCAUUAGCUAAAUUCCCUCAACUGGAGCUGUUGGAUUUGAAUUGAGACAAAUAACAUGCUGA